UGCGAUACCUAGCUCUCUAUGUAUCUCCCUUCUCUAUGCUAGCCAGGAUGCAAUUUCCAGAUUUUAACCUCAAAGUUGGUUCAACUUCUUUGUCAUUUUGUAUUUUUCGGUGCUCUGUAGUAAUUUAUUUUUAGAGUUAUUGCACUAUUUAAUAUCAAUAUAAGAUUUAAAUAAGGAUGAUGCAUAUUUUUACAAGAUUAUCAACAUCAAUCAGAUGUUCUUGCAAGGAUCGUCUUGUUACUAACAUCAAUCUUACAAAAUCGUUUAGUUCCGGCUCGCCUGCUGUCGACGUAAAACAGAAACGGCAAAGACGAAAUGAGAUCUUUGAUUUGGAAAAGAAACGCCAAAGAGAACAAGUUGGCCGAAUUGAGAAGAUAUCUGUCAGUUAUAAAGGCCCCCCUGAGAACAUGGAAUUUGUCAUGAAUAGGGGCAUUUCAACUCCCUUCAAUGUAGCACAACACAUUUCGGAGGGAAUAGUGAACAAGAUGGCACUGGCGUUGCUGGACGACACGACACUGUGGGACAUGCACCGGCCGCUAGAGAGCGACUGCACCCUCCAGCUGCUGCACUUCGAGGACCAGGACCCCUUCCACGUGAACAAGGCCUUCUGGCGGACAUGCUCCUUCGUGCUGGGUGCUGUCGCCGACAACGCGUUCAAGGAUCAUGUGCCUGUGUCGCUGCACAGCUUUCCGCCGCCAAACGUGAAGAGCGGUAGCUUUGUCUACGACGUGAAACUGGGUUUGGAUGAUUGGGUGCCGGUGAAAGACGACCUGCGAACUCUGUCGGCCGAGUUUGUGUCGCUGGCCAAAAAAGAUCUGCCGCUGGAGAGGCUCGAAGUCACGUCUGAAGUGGCGCUCGAAAUGUUCGCCGAUAACUCCUUCAAAGUCGAACAGAUUCCUGAUAUUGCGUCUAACAAUCCUAGUAACACAGUGACAGUGUAUAGAGCCGGUGAUCAUAUAGAUAUAAGCCGUGGCCCGAUGGUAGCAGGGACCGGAUUCAUAGGCCGAGCCACCAUUACGGCUGUGCACCAAAUUGAGACUGACCUGGGACAGUUCUACAGGUUCCAGGGUGUUGCUUUACCCAGAGGAAUUAUGUUGAAUCAUUUUGGCUAUAGUAUUCUGGAGGACAGAGCUCGCAAAUUGAACAGUGGAAGGUUACCCAACCAAACAGAUGACUAUUUCACGCCACCAGGGUCCAGCUCUGAAAUGGCCAACUAAAUGGCCUUUCACUUAGUGUACGAUUAUUGUGUAUUAAUACAGUUUGUUAAUAAAUAGUUAUGAAAAUGA